UUGCAAUCCCAUGCUGGACUUGCCCCUCCCUCAAUCUAUGUCCGUCCCCGUCAGUGGAUCAACACUGGUGGGAAUUCGGUGGCCAUGUGCGGCCUCUCAAAAGGUCGCCGGAGGUGAUGUUGAUGGGAAUCGAAUGGUGCUGAUGAGAGAACGCUGCUCGCAGCACCGCGCAUGUCCACAUCGCAUGUCCCGAGCUGGGAGCUUCCAGACCGCCGCGUACCCCGCACACCUUCGACCAGCAGGCUCAACUGAUGUCUCCCGGAGAUGUCCGAUCUGUCCUCGGGUUCCGGACACGUUUCAAUAUCUCCUCAUCUGUUCUGCCACCCCCCAUUUCCGGUUGCACGAGCCGGGACCGACACCGAAGCCGUCCAUGCCUUUCCUUGGCAAUCCCGGCUGGCCCCCAGCCGAGGUGUUGGCUGUCGACAAGCGCCAUUAUGCACGCGAAAGAGAAGCAGCGCAGCCCGCUCAUGUGUUUGUUGGGUAGUUCUGUGGAGAUGGCUUGGAA